AUGGAUGAUGGGGUGGUAGAGAUUUCAGACCAUGCUGUAGAUACAUUUGUUGAUGAAUUUCUGAAGAAUACCCGGACUUGCAGUCAAACUCACACUUGUAACCCACCUGGCCCUGAUGCUGCACAUACACAUACUUGCUACCACACCCAUACCCAAGUUCUUCCGUCGGAAGAUGAUGAUGGUGCUAAGAAUAAAGAGCAUUCCGUUCCCAGACCACAAAGAAGAAGGCCUUCCAGAAAUAGAGAAGCAGUUCGAAAGUACAGGGAGAAAAAGAAGGCGCAUACAGCUUACUUAGAAGAGGAAUUUUUAAGGCUGAGAAGCUUGUUUCUGGACCUUAGAGGAAAGAUUGAUCAUGAGUUGGGUGCUUUCCCCUUCCAAAAUCAGUGUAAGACUUCUUCUGUUCUAACGGAAGAUUUACCAUGCUUCUGUUCACCUGUUGGGUCAUCAAUGCAGGCUAGUAUCGGCACAAGCACGAAAGCAAUGGUGCCAUUAGGAGGAAAUUGUCAGCCUGCAGUAAUUGAUUGCCAAGCAAAUACAAAUGAGAUGGCUGGUGCAGUACAAAACUCUACACAUAGUAGAAACCUUGGUAUCAUUGGCAACAGAAGCUGA